AUGUAUGACAUCACUGGAUGCAUUAAACGCGAAACCUAUUGGCCACCAAGUUUAAUCACCAAUAUAAUGACUGCGUUAAAGUUGAUUAGAAUGUUCCACCAGGCGACUCUCGACUGGACCUGGCCAGUUGUUCUCCUCGGCCUUCUGACUGGUAUAGCCUCCCAGGCUCCAAUAGCAACGAAAGCCAGGGGGAGCUUGGAAGGGAGAUGGGAGACUCUGUUCUCCAGGUCCUUGUAUCCGAUCUCUGGGAGGAAAUUAGACCUCGGCUGGGACAGGGACUAUUUCACUGGAAUCAAGAGAGUGAGGAGGCUUUAUUGCAAUGUUGGCAUCGGGUUUCAUCUCCAAAUCACGGCUGGUGGACAAAUUAAUGGAACACACACUGAAAACCAGUACAGUCUCUUAAUGAUUUCUACAGUGGAGUUGGGAGUUGUCAGUCUGUAUGGAGUGAAAACUCGUGCCUUCAUUGCAAUGAAUAGCAAAGGCCGACUGUAUGCAUCGGUGGAUUUCAAUAAUGAAUGCGAAUUCAGAGAAAUACUCUUGCCAAAUCGCUACAACGUGUAUGAAUCAAAGACGUACCGAGGGAUGUACAUAGCAUUGAGCAAACAUGGAAGAGCAAAGAGAGGAAGCAAAGUUUCACCCAUCCUGAGGGUUACUCAUUUUUUGCCUAGAUUGUAAAGAAAUGGGGCAACUGGAUACUUGAAGUAUCACAAGACAUCAUUUUCAUGGAAGUAGGAUUGCAGAAAACUAUACCAUGUACAGGACAUAUGUAGAUGAAUGUUAAGUUAUUAACUUAUAUGAAAACAGCAUAACCUGUAAAUAUGUAUCACUUUUUAUAGUUAUUUGACACAAGUGAGCUACUUCAUUAAUGCUGCUUUAAAAAAAAGUAUGAUUUGGGGCAUAGUAAAAAAGUCACUCACCGUAUUAGUUGGAUUGGAUUGUCAGCCCCACAACAACAAGUUAAUUGAGAGACCAGUUAUCAGUGGCAAAAGGAAAUAGUGUAGUAUAUUACCUAAUUUUCUGUAUCAGAGAGAUACAUGAGGAAAACAUUUGUUCAAUAAAUUAGAGAUGUGCAAACUGCCUUACACCAAAGUGACCUCUGACCUUAAACCAGCUGAGUCAAGACAGAUGUAACACAGCAAAGUAAUUGUUGGAUCUUUUGGAGAUGUCAGGAGGUUGGUGAAAUUCUUCUUCCUUUUUUUUGUUAGUUUGUUCCUGUGUAUUAUUCACCUCCUGAAGAUUUUUGUCAUCUUUCUAGCCCUAGAUCUUUGGGCUACUCAAUAUCUGAAAAGUUUCUGGCUGCAUCAAGUGAAAUUUGUUGAUGGCGGGAUACAGGCUAUGCACAUGCUAAGCAGGAAUUGUAAGCUUCAUCGAAAAACAGGCCCAAAUUCAUUAGUUUCCAUGAGCAGCCAGUGCCUAUCAUGCCCAGUGAGAAAUGAUCAAGUUCAGCCUAAAUGCCUUGCCAGCAUUGGCACUGAGAUUUGACGGUGAGGGUUGAUGGGGAUGAGGGGAUAGUGAAUACCCUGAAGUGGAUUUGGAGAUAUCAAAGAUGAUUCUGCAGCUCUUCUGGUUUUAUGUUAAUGCUCAAAAUAAAUGUGCUUGCCUUUCUGAUGGUCACCAUCUGCUUGGCCACAUCCAUAAUAGGUAAACAGAGCCAACCCAGUGCUCUCAGAGCAGCACCAUGAAUGAAAUUGGUCUCAAUUUGGUGAGAUGAUAUCUCAAACACUACGAAGUUUUGGCCUCUUUAUUUAAGUAAACACAUGGGAGGCGGUUUAUGGGAGAUUUACUGGACUGAAGACUGGAGUGUAUGGUUGUCUUAUAAGGAAAGAUUGGAGAGUCUGGGCUCAUUUUCAUUAGAGUUUAGAAGAGCAAGGGGUGAACUUUAACAGAUCCUGAAUUGUCUUGACAAAGUGAUCAUAGAUAGGACAUUUACCCUCUUGAGUGAGUCAGGUCUAGGGGACACUGAUUAACACUGUUGUAAAAUUAAGUGUUAUCCUUUUUGGGAUGGAGAUGAGGAGAAUUUUUUUUUCCUCUGAGGGUUGUGACUUUGGAACUCUAUCUCAGAAGGCAAUAGAAAUGGUCUCAUUGACUAUUUUUAAGGCAGAGAUAAAUAAACUCUUGUUAGGCAAAGGGAUCAAAGAUUAUUAGGCGUUAAUGGGAAUGUGGAAUUUGGAACACGAAUAGAUCAGCCAUGAUUUUAUUGAAUGGUAGAGAUGUUCGAAGAGCUGAAUGGCCUACUUCUGUUCCUAAUUCACAAGGAGAUAUGUAAGGAUAUAUGAGGUCACACUUUAUUUUGAAGAUGCCUCAUGCCUAGUCUAGGCCAAUGACUAAAUAUAUAUACAUGUCUGAAGCAAUAUAUAGUGUUAGACAGAUUUCACGCCACUUUGGGGCAUAGGGCAGAGCCUAAGAAAUUAUUCACUUGGUGUCUCAGGUUUCUAUCUGGAGAAACAGUACAACAAGGAGCAACAUCAAUCCUCCUUCCACCAUGGUUAGCCACACUCUCAGGAAUUGCCUGUGAGACUAAGUUGGAUUCAAGGGGAUCCCUGGUGCCCCAUCUUGAUGGUGCUUCACCACUAAUGAACUUGAUGACCAUGUUGUAAAUGCUUUGACCAGGCACAGGAAGGUAUCCAAUGGGUACCAUACCCCAGAGAAGUAUCAAACCCUUCAGUAGAAAGGAGCAGAAAAUGUUAGUAAGGGGAAAAAAAACAUAGUUACCUUGUUGGUAAUGGCCUUUGUAAGAACUAGACCCAAACUGACCACAAUGGUAAGUGAUUCUUGUGGGUUACCAACCUCAUUAAUGAUAUUUUAAGGCAUUGUUUUGUUAAUAUCCAAGACAUUUGCAGGUAAUGCCAUUGGCUUUCCUGCAGCAACCAUUAAAUGCCACUUCUGUCUUUGAACAGCUGAAGGCAUUCCUGAAUGAUAAAUCAUGGACCUUUUCAUCAUUUCUUUUUCUCUUUGUUUUUGUUACAGUUAGGAAUUUGCCUGGGCUCUUUCAGCAGAUGGGCCUCAGAAACAUCAAAGGUGAAAAAAGGAUGAGUAUGCUUCAGGCCUAGAGCAAAAAAAUUGCUAUUGGACAUGCUGUUGACAAUUCAUUUCUAAGAUAAGCAAAUUAAAUAUAAAAUGCCUUUAAUGCUAAAUGCAUAAUGAUAUAAAUAUUGAAUUUGAAAUAGUGGUGCUGAGGGAACAGCUCCAGUGCUGGUUUACUGGGAUUUGCUGCCCCAGGCAUAGGAGCAUCUGAAGCCAGUAAAUUGCUAUCAGUGUGCAAAAGAAAUAAGCAUCCUAUCUAGACACUAGUGCCCACAGUAUAGUGGUUUAUAGAAAGAAAGAUGUUGAGCACACUGGUUAGCUUACCUACAGAUAGCAGAUACAGAUAUACAGAUACUUUGCAAUUUUAAGGCAGUGAGGUACCACAUGAUUCGAUUUCAAAUACAGCAGUAGGUGCAUCUUGGCCAAUUGCACUAAUUGGGAGAAUUUUCACAGUGAAUUGUUACUACCCGAAAAACUGUUGGAAACUUAUUCAAUAGUAACUAUCAAAUGGGAAGAGAUGAAGCUUGAAUCUUGCAAAAGAAUGCUUUUCCAAGGGUAAGGGAAAGAGCAGAGAAAGGGAAUGAAAUAGAUUGCUUUAUCAAAUGCAUUGGGCCAAAAAGCUUUUUUUCUGGCUUAUUUAAUUUAAUGAUUUGCUCUGUUAUUUGUUAAAAAGAAUACCGAAACAAUCUUAUAAAAGCAAACUACAGAAGAUUGGGAGAUACUCAGUAGGUCUGGCAGCAUCAGUGGAAAGAGAAACAGAGUUCAGUGUAGCUCUUCUUCUGAAACCAGUUCUGAAGAAAAAUCACAUUUCAAUCAAUGUUAACUGAGCUCCUGUCUCCACACACUUUCCUACAAACAGCACACCGAGCAGAUCUUCCUAAUAAAACUCAACUGUUGCAAUAUCUUUAAAUAAUUCAAUACCUUUGUUAUUUUCACUGACAGACCACGACUGAAAUCCUUAAUUAGCUAUUAAUGAGGACGUUAUUAUUGAGCAAUUACAUUUGUUUUGUACAUUGUGUCUCUGCAGCUAUUUGCAAAUGGUGCCUUUUUCUGGGAUGGCCAUCUGUGUGUGUACUUGAAUGAGUGAAUCCUGGGUGAGGAGAAAUAACUUGCUGCUAUUCAGCCCAAGAUUUUCCUUCCAUUUGCUUGGGGUGAUUGGGAGCUUGGUGAAUCCAGAGGCAAAAAUCUGUAGGCUUCACAGGUCAGGUUGAAACAUGAUAAAUAGCUAGCUUGGUGAAGUUCUAGAGGAGAUCCAGCAUCUGUAGACCUCCACCACUGAAGAGUCAGUGCCGUGAAGAGAGGAGAAUGAAGAAUUUUGGGGAGGAUGGUGGGAAAGAGAGAUUUGCCAAACACACAUUAGUUGAAAUAUCAAAAGGUGCAUGAGAUAUUUUAAGAAUGUCCAGUGGAAUUUUACUGGACUCUGAUUUAUAGUUUUGUUGUACCUUGCGAUCAGUAUUAGUCUUAUUCUCAAUUGUUCCUCUUCCAAAUAAGUUCCCUACCUAUUAGCCAGAACCUUGAAUAAAUGCAUUGAAUCCUGAUAUCAACCUUCGUAUUAAUGAAAUGAAAUAUGUUGCAACAAUUAAUCAGAACUUCAAAAACAUUAAGUGAACCCUGUAAAAGUAAAUAUUGCUGCAACAUAAUAUCAUUUGGAUUUGAUAUUGCCUUUUUUGAGAGUUACUCUAGGUAAGGUGUUAAGUAGGGGGUGAUAUUUACUUGUAGUAUUAUCAUGUAUUACUUAAAAAUUAACCAUAUUUGAAAAUGCACACAAUUGCUAUAAUUUUGGGAUUAAAUGCAAUUUAUCAACAAAAUCUCUACUGCACAGUGUAAACUGCUGAAAUUUAUACUGCUUUGAAGUUGAAAUAUUACAACGCGUAUAGUUGUGAUUUAUGUAAUUUUCUGUGAAUUGUUUUUAAAAUCUAUUAUUGUUAAAAUGUAUCUUUUGAA